AGAUGCCAUGAAUUCGUUGGUCGAGGAGCUCGUCGUUGAGGCUGGCAAGAACGUGACGUUGAGUUGUCCAGGAGUGACGGAAGACUCUCUGGUGUAUAUGCUCGAGUGGCGAGCCGACGGUAUGCAACUGCUCGAGUGGCGGGCUAACGGGAUGCAACUCGAGCACGCCAACAGAGGCACCGUUGUUCGGAGUCAUCAGAAUAGGGUGUUUCUCUCUUUGAAAAAUUACGCUCUACAAUUUCAUCCUGUCACAGCAACGGACUCGGCCAAGUACGAGUGCCUGAUAAACAAUCGUAGUACACCGGAAGCCGUUAUUAAGCUCAUCGUUCAAGGUAAGUCAAUGAAAAGAGAAAGGAUAAGUAAUUCACAACAGUUCCGUUUAUAAGCAAAGU